GCCAGUCGCCAGCCCUUUUCUCGUCAGCUUCGUCUUUUCUGCUAAUUUACAAAUUCGGAAACAUCGCGAUAUUUUCGUUUUUCGCAGCAACUGCGCAGCAGCACCAGCUUCGUAUAUUCCCUCGGACAUAUCAAGCCAUGGCACAAUAGCCACGCUUUGCAAUCUACACGCCGCCUCUCCCGCGCGAUCAUCCGCCACCCCGAUCCUUCUUCAGCUUGGCAACGUUUCAGACAAAAACACGCAACGCCACAAUGGCUAUCGACGAAAGAGCCGCCGAAUCGUGGUCAUGGUUCGGCAUCGCCACCGUUGUCGUUAUAUUGCGAUAUAUUUCUAGAGCCAUUCGCCUCGGCGGCUGGCGAUAUUUCCAGCUCGAGGACUAUGUCAUGUUACUCGCCUAUGGAUUCUACACAACCUUUAUAGCGCUGGUCAAUGUCCAAGAGAUGCACCCGAGGACAAAUAUACUCCCGCCAACAGGCCUCCAAGGCAUUAGCGACGAGGAAAUCACAGACCGCAUACUGGGGUCCAAGAUUACGUUUGCCCUCGAAGAGUCUAUGAUUAUGAUUCAGUUUCUCACCAAGCUGUGCAUGGGCUUGCUCUUCUACAAGCUGACCAGCGGGCUGAAGCGACAGCUCCAAGUAAAGUUUAUUAUUGGAUUUGUUAUACUUGGAUGGCUAGUCACAGAAAUUCUCUUCUUUGGCUUCUGGUGCCAUCCCUUUGGCAACUACUUUCGCGUCAUUGAUAACAACUCACCUGGAUGCACAACGUCCACAAAUCAUCUGAUCUUGUCGUACUGCUUCAAUGUAUCAGCGGACUUGUUGCUCUUGACCAUCCCGAUUCCCAUGCUUCUGCAGUCCAAUCUUCCAUUAAAACGAAAAUUAUCCAUCACUGGCGUCUUCAGCCUCGGUGUCUUUGUUAUUAUCGCCGCCACAUUAAACAGAUACUACAGCUUUGCGCAUCCAGAAUCCAUCUUUUGGAUAUACUGGUACGUGCGAGAAGCAAGCACAGCCAUUUUAGUAUCGAAUAUUCCUCAUUUAUACGCGCUCAUCCGCAAGGUGGUUGACAAGGACAGCUAUGCGUACUUUCGCCGGGGAGGCAAGGGAUCCAACUAUCUCAACUAUCUGCCCACGCACGUGGAACUGAGUGAUAAGCGAUCCAAAAAGCUGAGCGGCAAAGACAGCAAGCAAAAAGGCAGCACUGACGACACCGCUGUCGAAGGAACGGAGAGUACAGAGAACCUCGCCACAUCGGCAAACCCUCCACUGCAAAUCUGGCAGCGCAACGAAUAUAGUGUCAACGGCGUCGAUGCCAGCGAAGCACAGUGGGAUGAAGGGGAUAUCCAGACCAUCUGGAACGGUGGCCUGGGCACCAAAGCCACGAUUGUGAGCAACGGCAUGCCAGACGAGGAACGUGGCGUUGCGCAGUGAGUGGCGGUGGUGGUGGCAUAUGCUUGGGUUGGAUUUGUGUGUUUUUGUUCGAAUACCCCAUUGAUGCAUUUUGGGAAGCAUAUAUUAUUUAGAUCAUUGUUUUAUGAGCGGCACGUCAUUUUUUGUUUUAUUUACUGCAUAAUGAUAUUUGAGAGAGAUAUCAUGGCUGUAGUGGAACUUGGACCAGAUUGACCAACACCCUGGGGUGGCUAGAAAUAGCCCGCCUACUGUACGGAUUCAUGACGAUUUUGAAUGGAAAAAUUACGAGGAUAUAAUUCGGUUUCGUUUAUUCUAUUGCCCAUGUUCUGCAGACCGGUGAAGCCCAAGGCCGACACGAUGCGAUCGAUCGUAUCUGCGCAUAGAGUGUGAGCGGGCUGCAGCCUUGUCUUACUCUUGG